AUGGACAAAAGCUCAGCUUCACCCGUUCCAAUUCAGAAAGGAGACAAGUUCAGUCUCAUGCAAUAUCCUAAAAAUGAUUUGGAAUGGAGGCAAAUGAAGGAUGUUCCCUAUGCAUCUAUUGUUGGGAGCUUGAUGUUCGCUCAAACAUGGACAAGGCCUGACAUUAGCUUUGCAGUUGGAAUGCUCGGUUCCGGUGGAUUGGAGAGGAAGGAGGAGGGGAGAGCCAUAAACAGGGGAAAGGUAUACAUAUCGGAAAGGGGCUGGCGGAGGCAUACUCGGUGCAGAAGUGGUGAAAGGAGGGCGCAUGGUGUUGUCGUUCCUGGGGAAGAGGUCGGCGGACCCUCCCACCGACGACAGCUGCUGCAGCCACUGGGAGCUCUUGGCUCAGGCAUUAAUGACCUUGGUCUCAGAGGUAACAUGGGUCGUGCUGAAGAAGAGAAGGUUGAUACGUUCAAUGUCCCCUUCUAUGCACCAAGCCUUGAAGAGGUGAGAGCUGAGAUUGAAGCGGAAGGAUCAUUUGUCAUUGACAGGUUGGAAGCCAUUGAGAUUGAUUAUGACAUUGGAGGUGACGACAGUAGCACUACUAGCAAUUUUUCUAUCGAAAAUGAUCAUACAAGAAGGCUUCAAAAGCUCACUAUGGGUCAUAGAAUGGCCAAGAUGAUAAGAGUCGUGGUUGAGUCCAUGAUUGAGUAUCAUUUUGGUUUUGGAGGAGACGUGAUGGACGAUUUGUUUCAGAGAUAUGGUGACAUUUUGGGUGAUUUCUUGUUGAAGACUAGGGCCAAUAAGUUCAUCAAUUUGAUCCUUUCUAUGAUUAAAAAGGAUUAA